AAGAAAAGAAGCAAACCGACUUGACCUUGUUGCAACAUCUACAGGUAGAUAAUGGAUGAUGCUCAGCAAAACUGGAUGGUAAAAUCCUUUAACUUUGCUGAAGAGGCUUUAGAAGCUGGUGAGGUUCCGGUGGGGUGUAUAAUGGUGUAUAAUGAUGAAAUCAUAGCCGUAGGAAGAAAUGAAGUGAAUGAAACAAAAAAUGCUACUCGUCAUGCUGAAAUAGUAGCCAUUGACCAAGUGUUGAAGUGGAGCAAAGCUCAUGAGAUACACUCUGCAGAUGUAUUUCAUAAGACUGUUUUGUAUGUUACUGUAGAACCAUGCAUUAUGUGUGCAGGUGCCCUGAGACAAGUGGGGAUUCCCCUGGUUAUAUUUGGAUGUUAUAAUGACAGGUUCGGUGGCUGUGGAUCUAUUCUGUCUGUGCACGAUGCCAACAUCACCAGUCUAGGUCCUUCUUUUCAGUCCGUGGGUGGCAUAAUGAAAGACAGAGCUGUUGAGUUGCUAAAGAAGUUUUAUCAAGGAGAGAAUCCCAAUGCUCCUGAGGAAAAAAGAAAGUCAAAGAAAGAGGAAUCCAACUAAAGCAUCUCACAGAUAUUUUAUUCUUUUUACAGAUGACUGUGGUACAGUAGUGCUAUGUGAGCUAUGUGAUUCCAAAGUAAUAUAUCAUGAACAUGUAUAUAUGAACAUUGAAGACAUUAAGAUGAUUAAUGGACUUGUAUCCUCCAAUUUGCUGUACUACAUAACAGUUUCAUGUUAAGGAAGAACUGUCUCAAGAGGAUCAUACAAAGAAAUUGACUCCAAUCCAAGACAUGAUUAAGUUUACAAGAAAGUGUUUCCACAUAAAGACGAGUUUAUUUCAUAGAAAUUUAACCACCCAGACAGGUCGUAAGAAACUGGUGAUUCUGGGAACAGGUUGGGGAGGUUACAGUUUGCUCAGGAAUAUUGACAAGAAGGUGUUUGAUGUGGUGGUGAUAAGCCCUAGGAACUACUUUCUGUUUACACCUUUACUUGCCAGUACAACAGUGGGAACACUAGAAUUCAGGUCUAUCAUUGAACCAGUCAGAAAUGUUCGCUUUCGUCAGACGGCAGACUUCCAUUUGUCUUAUGCAACCAAAGUGGACAGAGACAAUAAAGUUCUCCACUGCGAAAGUGUGCUGCAGCCAGGACUUGGAUACACGCUGAAUUACGACAAACUCGUGCUCGCAGUAGGGGCUCGCAGCAAUACAUUUAAUGUUCCAGGUGUUGAGGAACAUGCAUUUUUUCUCAAGGACAUACCUGAUGCAAGGAAAAUAAGGAAUCGGAUUAUACAAAAUAUUGAACUUUCCCUUCACCCAGGCUUAGAUGAAAAUGAAAGGAAGCGGUUGCUGAACUUUGUAAUUGUGGGAGGUGGUCCGACAGGGGUGGAGUUUGGUGCAGAACUGUAUGACUGGAUCGAGCAGGAUGUUGCCAGAGUUUACCACCAGAGGAAGGACCAAGUACAUGUGACCUUGGUAGAGUCCAAUCAGAUUUUGUCGUCUUUUGAUGAGCGUCUGAGGCAUUUUGCUGAGAAGAAAAUUAAAGAAAGGGAUCGAUUUAAACUCGUCAAAUCCUCUGUUACAAGGGUGACGUCCGACUGUGUGAAGUUAAGUAAUGGGGAAGAUUUACCAUGUGGAUUAGUUGUAUGGAGCACAGGCUUAUCACCUACACAGUUUGUCAAGUCACUAGAUGUACAGAAAAACAAGAGUGGACAGAUUCUAACAGAUAAAUAUCUACAUGUUAUUGGCGACACCACAGACAGUGUGUAUGCUCUUGGUGACUGUGCAGACAUCAAAGACAACUCACUUCCUUGUAUAGCACAGGUGGCUGAAAGACAGGGAGAAUAUGUAGCAAAUCUUCUGUGCGGAAAAGCAGAUAAGGAGUUCACUUUUCAAAGCAAGGGGAUGUUAGCAUACGUAGGGCAUUACCAAGGUGUUUCCGAUAUUCCAAACAUGAAAAUGCAGGGGAUUACUUCCUGGUUCCUGUGGAGGUCGGCCUAUCUGACAAAGCUGGGAAGCUGGCGACUGAGAAUGCAGGUUCCCAUGGAUUGGACCAAAGCAAUCCUGUUCGGCAGGGAUAUCUCCAGAUUUGAUUGAGAGACUUUUUCUCUUGAUAAUAGGAAAACUGUUCUGUUGGAGCCCAUAACAAUUGUAUACCUGUAGUUCAUCACAUUGCAGCCCCUAACAAUUGUAUACUGUAGUUCAUCACAUUGCAGCCCCUAACAAUUGUAUAUAUAUAGUUCAUCACAUUGCAGCCCCUAACAAUUGUAUACUGUAGUUCAUCACAUUGCAGCCCCUAACAAUUGUAUACUGUAGUUCAUCACAUUGCAGCCCCUAACAAUUGUAUACUGUAGUUCAUCUCAUUGCAGCCCCUAACAAUUGUAUAUAUAUAGUUCAUCACAUUGCAGCCCCUAACAAUUGUAUACUGUAGUUCAUCACAUUGCAGCCUGGACAAUUGUAUACCUGUAGUUCAUCACAUCGCAGCCCCUAACAAUUGUAUAUAUAUAGUUCAUGAUGUACUAUUUCUUAACAUGAUGUUAAGAACAGAAUUAUUUUGUGAUAGUAGAUUGUUAUUACAGAUUUUAUUGCUGCUAAAGCUAAUAUCUUUGGUGACUGUUUUUCACUUGCAAUCAUUCUUAUUCUUGCAUUUGGCAAAUAGUUUAUUAGAUCCUCGUAUUAUCGUACUUAAUUCAGUGAUGUGAUUACAAAAAACUCCCAAAAUCUCCUUAUGAAUUUGUAUGAAAUGGAAGUUUUGUACAUUUCUGAUUGAUCUGUGUUCUGGAGAUGCUGGGUGAUUUUUUUUUUGUGUGUGUGUGUAUCUAUUGCCUUUAAAUGUCUGAAUUUGAUAUGACUGUACGGUAACCAUAUAUUUAAUGUUGUCUUUUCUCCUGAUUUCACAGUCAUGUCAUCUUUAUACAAUCAGUAAUGUCUUAUGUUGAUGGAGUCCUCAAUAGACAUAGCUGUUGAUUACAAAGUUUCCUCUUUGAGAAAUUGGUGACCGUCCAUAUUGCUUUCAAGAGUAUGUUGAUGUAAUUUAAAUAUAAUUAUCUUAGUUCAGUCCCAGUAAGGAAUACAUUUAUGUCUGUUGAUGAUUUGUUGUUACAUUAGUUAGUAUUCAUUAUUAUGCUAUAUAUGAGGCAACAUGUAUCCACACACUUUCAAAUUUAUAUACAAUAUACCUAUAUUUCAUGGAAGAUGAUGCUAAUUUAUAUUUUCAGAACAUGAUUUUCUUAUUUACACUACACAUAAUUCAUGAAAAUUUCAAUAAAUGCAAUUGUCAUAAAUAUUCA